AUGCGCAACAAGCCGCUGGCACACAUUGAGGAAGAGGUGAUGCGGUACCGUCAGCUGGUGCAAGGCGAGAUGCGGGCACAAAUGCGGCGGCGCCACGCUGCAAAUCUCAAGAAACGGUUCUCUGGUGCGGCGGUUCCCCCGCGCUAUUAUAACACCCCUGUACGCGCGGGGCUCCCAACAGUGGUGCCAGAGGAGCCCCCGCUUGGUCGUCAGCUGUUUGCGAACAGCACGCCACCGUCCCCGUCGCAACAAGAGCGAUCACACAGGAGAAAUGGCGACACCAGCUUUGGUAACCGCAGCGUCAGCAGCAGCAACGGCAGAAGCAGAAGCAGAAGCGGCAAUAAGAAGGUAUCGUCACCGGGUAGUCUUGAAGCCUCCUUGGCAUUGCGGCGGCAACAGCGCGUGGGCAUGGCUGUGCAAUUCCUUGGCAGCGACGUAUUUGUUUCCGUGUACAACUACUACCGUGCUGUGGAGGUGGCCGAGCGGGACGCGACGCGGGUAAUGCAAAUGGUGCCGGACCGCUCGCAUUGGCAUGUGCUGCCACUUGUUGAAGAGGUCGUCCUGAUUGAUCGCCUGCUGGAGCGCGUAGUGGCAAGUGGCCUACCAUGA